AUGUCGCUAACACUGAAAUUGUCUUCGCUUGCAAUUCGCACUCUCUCCAAGCCCAUCGCGAAUCAAAUUAAGGCCCAAGCUCGCGAGCAUGAGCGCUUCCGCAAAGUCUGUGUCUCAAUGGCACAGGCCCUCCAUCGAUUCGAUAUGCGCCUGCGGUUAGGCAAUAUACGCGACACCAGUGCGGUUCGCAAACAAGCACAGGCAGAAGCCGAAGCUAAGAAACACAUCCCCACAGCUCCGACAGUGAAAACCGAGGCUGCCACCAAGGCCGAGGAGGAGGCUCAAGCCAAAGCCAAAGCUGCCGCCGAAGAAGCUGCGAAGCCACAUCAUUAUCGAAUUCGACCGCUGUCCGAAUCCAAAGCCAUCGAGUCGGGCGCCAAUUUCAUCAGUGAAUCCUUCCUCUUCCUCGUCGCGGGUGGACUGAUCGUGUUUGAGUCAUGGCGCUCGCGUCGCAAGGAGAGCACUCGCAGAGAAGGCGUGGAAGAUCGAUUGGCCGAGCUGGAACAAUCGGAAAAGACGGCCAGGGAGGCUCUUGUUGCGUUGGAGAAAGAGCUGCUGUCCCUGAAGAUGAAGCACGGUGGUUCAAAGGGAACCCACCACAUCUUACCUCGCGAAGUUUGGGAAGUCGUUCCUGAAGUAGAGGAACCCGAAGCGCCAGCGACGUGGUGGACGCGUAUGGCAUCUCUGAUCCCCUUUGGCAAAGGGAGCACGAUCGCAAACUCAUCGACAGAGUCUCAACAAACACAGCCUACGGCCGAAAAGCCAUCCGCACCCGUUCAGGUGGUAGCCAGCAGCGGGAAAUCAUAG